AUUCUUAGCGGCGGGCGCAGCGCCGCCUGCGCGACUCUGAAAUGCCGCUGGGCGGCUCCAGGAGGCGAGCGGCCGGGACUCUUUGACAGCGGCCACCUUGCGAGAGGACAGCUGCGGCAGCCAGGAAGCCAACGAGCGAACUAACCGGCCAGGUCGACCGCUAUCAGCAGAGGCAGGGACAGCAUCGCAAGAGCAGCGGCGGAAGUGACGAGAGGCAGGAUGGCGUCGUCGGCGGAUCGGCGAGGCAGCAGGGCGGUGGCCGGCGAAGAAGAGGAGAACGUGAUGGAGCGCGAACUCGCUGAGGAUGCCGUCUGGAAGCGGAUCCAGCAGAACACGUUCACGCGCUGGGCCAACGAGCACCUCAAGACGGUGAACAAGACGCUAGCGUCGCUCGAGACUGACCUGGCCGACGGACUGCGUCUGAUCGCGCUCAUCGAGGUCCUGUCGGGCAAGAAGCUGCCCAAACACAACAAGCGGCCCACCUUCCGUUCGCAAAAGCUCGAGAACGUCUGCGUGGCGCUCAAGUUCCUCACCAACGACGAGGGAAUCAAGCUGGUGAACAUCGACAGUUCGGACAUCGUCGACUGCAAGCUCAAGCUCAUCUUGGGUCUGAUAUGGACUCUCAUCUUGCACUACUCUAUCUCCCUUCCCAUGUGGGAGGGAGACGACGAUUCGGCUUUCGACAAGAGCGGGCCAACGCCCAAGCAGCGCCUGCUGCGCUGGAUCCAGAGCAAGCUUCCAGAGAAGCCCAUCACCAACUUUACAUCGGACUGGAACGACGGCACUGCAGUGGGUGCCUUAGUCGACGCCCUGGCUCCUGGUCUGUGCCCGAACUGGGCCACUUGGGACCCCAAGAACGCGCUGAAGAACGCCAAGGAGGCCAUGGACUUGGCUUCGGAGUGGCUAGGUGUGCCGCAACUUGUGACGCCCGAGGACAUGGUGAACCCCAAGGUGGAUGAACUGUCCAUGAUGACCUACCUGGCCCAGUUCCCUAACGCCAAGCUGAAGGACAAGGCUCCACUCAAGCUGCAGACCAACCCCGCUCGCGUCCGUUGCUACGGACCGGGUAUCGAGCCCACGGGCGUCGUCGUGGGUGCGCCCACUAGCUUUACCGUGGAAACCUUCAGCGCUGGGCAGGGCGACGUUACGGCCGUCGUCGAGGCGCCUGCCGGACAGCAGCUGCCCGUGGACAUCCGUUACAAUGACGACAAGGCCAAGACGUACACGGCCACUUACACGGCGAAGAAGGAGGGUCCGCACAAAGUCAAGGUGGAGUUCGCCGGCAAACAGGUACCGAAGAGUCCCUUCCCGGUCAAGGUGGAGGGGUACGCGGGCGACCCGUCCAAGGUGAAGGCUUCCGGUCCUGGCCUCAAGCCGACGGGCGUCAGCGCGGGCGUGCCCACGCACUUCGACGUGUUUUCCAAGGACGCCGGCAAGGGCCAGGUGGACGUCGACAUCGUGGAUCCCAAGGGUGGUCACAACGCCGUCCCCGUCCGUGUCAAGAAGACCAAGGAGGACGAGCACCACGUCGAGUACAUGCCCACGCUGGAGGGACCGCACCAGGUGAACCUGCUCUUCGCCGGCAGACCGGUACCCGGAAGCCCCUUCAAAGUCAACGUGGGUCCCCCCUGCAACCCCCGCCGUGUGCGGGCCUCAGGACGAGGCCUGCAGAAGAACGGCGUCCGCGUAGGGGACGUUGCUGACUUCCGAGUCUUCGCUGAGAAUGCGGGAGAUGGCGAGCUACAGGUCAAGGUGCUGGGGCCAGGUGGAGUUCAAGAGAAGGUGAACAUAACGGCCAAGGGCAAGACGUUCGACUGCAACUACAUGCCCGUCAAGGAAGGCCGCUACGUGGUCAUGAUCUCGUACGGAGGCCAGGAGAUCCCCCGCAGCCCGUACGAGGUGAACGUGGGCCCCUACAAGGAGUCCCGCAUUAUCGCGUACGGCCCGGGCCUGUCCGGUGGCCUGGUCGGCUACCCGGCCACCUUUACUGUGGACACCAACGGCGAGACCGGCCAGCUGGGAUUCGCCAUCGAGGGGCCGUCCCAGGCCAAGAUUGAGUGCCACGACAACGGCGACGGCUCGGCCGGCGUCAAGUACUUCCCGACCGCGCCCGGCGACUACGCCGUCCACGUGCUCUGCAACGGCGAGGACAUCCCCAAGUCCCCCUGGAUCGCCAACAUCAUGCCGCAGAGCGACUGCGCGCCAGACAAAGUCGUUGCCCAAGGACCAGGACUGCAGCCCACGGGAGUGGUCCAGGGCGUGCCGACGAACUUCACAGUGGACGCCACCCAGGCGGGCGGCAAGGCUCCACUCGAGUGUGUGGUGUGCGACGCCAUGGGGAACACGGUGGAUGUCAACGUGAAGGACAACGGCGACAACACGUACGCCUGCUCCUACAAAACGGAAGCCUGCGACAAGCAUGCUGUCCAGGUCAACUAUGCCGGUGUUGCCGUCCCCGGAAGCCCCUUCAGGAUCAACGUGGCCGACAACACGGACCCGGGCAAAGUGCGAGUGUACGGCCCGGGCGUCGAAAAGGGCGUCACGUCCAAGACACCCACCAAGUUCUACGUGGACUGCAAAGCUGCCGGCAAAGCCAAGCCCAAAGUGAAGCUGACCGACGAGCAGAACAGGCCGGUGCCGGUCAAGGUGUUGGACAACAAAGACGACACCUACACCUGCGAAUACUCCGCCCCGACCCCUGGGAUCCACUACGUGUCUGUGGCCGUCAAUUCCAAGGAGGUGCUGGGCAGCCCCUUCAAGGUGCCCGUGGCUCCGCAUCUGGAUGUGGGACAGAUCAAGGUCAACGGCAUCGAACCCACCGUGUUUGUGGAGGCACCCAGUGAGGUGACCAUUGACGCGCGCGCCUUGAGCAAGACCAGCGAGGCCAAAGUGAACCUGACUCUGAACACCCCUUCGGGAAAGAAGUUCCCGAUAGCCGUGCAGCCCAAAGGAGACGGGACCUACCGAUCCGUCUACAUACCUCAUGAACAAGGUCCAUACACUAUCGAUGUGACCUACGACGGCGUACCGCUGGCGGGAUCACCAUUCAAGACGAAUGCCGUAAAAGGCUGCAACCCGUCCAAGUGCAAGGCCUACGGCCCGGGCCUGGAGAAGGGCGUUCUGGAUGACGUCAACCGCUUCACCGUGGAAACCAAGGGAGCGGGGCCCGGUGGUCUGGGGCUGGCCAUCGAGGGUCCAACGGAGGCUAAGAUGACUUGCAAGGACAACCGAGACGGUACCUGCUCCAUCGAGUACAUACCCACGGAGCAGGGCGACUACGACAUUAGCAUUCGCUUUGCCGGGGAACACAUUCCAGGAAGCCCCUUCAAGAUCCCCGUAGAAGCUCCUGUGGACCCUUCAAAAGUCCUGGCAUAUGGUCCUGGCCUGGAGCCUGCCAAAUGCCGCGCCAAUGUACCGCAGAAGUUCACAGUCGACGCACGGAAGGUCGGCAAGGCUCCAAUGGCCGUCGAAGUGUCAUCCGAGAAAGGCCCGGUGUCGGAGAAGCCUACGGUGAAGGACAACAAGGACGGCACCUACGACGUCAGCUACAUGCCGCCGCCCGAGAAGAGCGACUGUAACGUGAAGGUGACCUACGCCAACCAGGACAUCCCCGGCAGUCCGUUCCGCAUGAAGGUCCGCCCGACCUGCGAGCCCCAGAACGUGAAGCUCGUCGGCCUGGGUGGCAAGCCGGUGCCUGCCAGCCUCCCGCACGAGUUUACCAUCGACGCCCGCGAGGCCGGCGUAGGCGAGGCUGAAGUUGUCGUCAAGGGACCCGACGGCGUGCCGCGCAAGGCUCGCGUCGUGGACAACGACGACGGCACCUUCCGGUCGGAAUGCGUCUUCAACGACGUGGGCAAGCACCAGGUGGCCGUCAAGUAUGGCGGCAAGGAGGUGCCCAACUCGCCCGCCACCGUCGAAGCAGUGCCCACCGGACACGCGGACAAGUGCAAGAUCUCCCAGGAGACCAAGCUGGACAAGGUGACCAUCGGCGAAGAGUACAGCAUGACGGUGGACGCCAAGCAGGCGGGCAAAGGCGCUGUCACCUGCGCGGUGAACAACGCCUCGGGCAAGGAGCCCGACGUGGACGUCCAGGUGGAGGACAACGGCGACGGCACCUACACCAUCUUCUACAGGAUGAAAGAGCAGGGCGAGCACCAGGUCAACGUCAAGUUCGGCGGACAGCCCGUGCCCGGAGGCUCCUACACGAUCAGGGCCGUCACCGAGCAGAUCCGACAGAAGACAGUGGUCGAGCGCCGCUUCCGUAGCGCACCGCCUCCCCAGGGAAAGUUCCGGCCGGUCCAACUCUUUGACAUCCCCCUGCAGCAGGCCGCCGGAGGACAGCUCUCCGCGGAGGUGAAGAUGCCGUCGGGACGAGUGGACAAGCCGGUCAUCAUCGACAACCAGAACGGCACCGUCAGCAUUCAGUACGAGCCGCGGGAGGAAGGGCAGCAUGAACUGCACAUCAAGUUUAACCAGGAGCACAUCCAGGGGAGCCCCUUCAGGUUCCACGUGGACACCAUCCAGAGUGGCUACGUGACCGCGUACGGACCGGGACUCACGCAUGGCGUUGCUGGAGAGCCCAGCAACUUCUCUAUUAGCACCAAGGAUGCUGGAGCCGGCGGUCUCAACGUGGCCGUCGAGGGCCCGUCCAAAGCCGAGAUCAGCGUGCACGACAACAAGGACGGCACGGUGGCCGUUUCCUACCUUCCGGCGGCGCCCGGAGAGUACAAAAUCUCGGUGAAGUUCGCCGACAAGCCCAUCAAGGGAAGCCCCUUCACGGCCAAGAUCACCGGCGAAGGCCGCAAGCGCAACCAGAUCUCUGUGGGCCACUCAAGCGAGGUGUCUCUCAAGGUCCAGGAGAAGGACGUGAAGAACCUCAACGCCAGCAUCGUGGCGCCCUCCGGCCUGGAGGAACCUUGCUUCCUCAAGAAGCUACCCAACGGUCACUUGGGUAUCUCGUUCACGCCCCGUGAGACCGGCGAGCACCUGAUCAACGUGAAGCGCGUUGGCACCCACAUCACGGGCAGCCCCUUCAAGAUCAACGUGCUGCCGCAGGAGAUCGGCGACGCGUCUAAGGUCAAGGUGACCGGCAAGGCCCUAUCCGAAGGCGCCACCCAAGUGCGCAACGAAUUCUCCAUCGACACCCGCGAGGCCGGCUACGGAGGCCUGAGCCUUUCAGUGGAAGGCCCCAGCAAGGCGGACAUCCAGUGCAAGGACAACGAGGAUGGCACGCUCAAAGUGAGCUACAUGCCCACGGAGCCCGGCUACUACAUCGUCAACCUCAAGUUCGCCGACCACCACGUCAAGGGCUCUCCGUUCACGGUCAAAGUGACGGGCAAGGGCUCCAACAUCCAGCGCGAGAAUAUCAAGAAGCAGCGGGAAGCCGCCCCGACGGCCGAGGUCGGCUCCAAGUGUCAGUUCACCUUCAAGAUGCCCGGCACUAGCGGGUUUGACAUGGCGGCGCGCGUGACGUCCCCGUCGGGCAGUUCUGAGGACGCCGAGAUUGCGGACUUGGACGACUGCCAGUACGCCGUGCACUUUGUGCCCAAGGAGUCCGGCGUGCACACGGUCAGCGUUCGCCACAAGGACAUCCACAUCCCGGGUUCGCCGUUCCAGUUCACCGUGGGGCCCUUCCGAGACCACGGCGCGCACCGCGUCCACGCCGGCGGGCCCGGCCUCGAGCGCGGCAUCGCCGGAGACUCCUGCGAGUUCAACGUUUGGACCCGGGAGGCUGGUGCCGGCAGCCUGUCCUUGUCAGUCGAAGGACCCUCCAAGGCACAGAUCGACUUCAAGGACCGCAAAGACGGCUCCUGCUACGUGACUUACAAAGUCAAGGAUCCCGGCGAGUACCGCGUGGGCAUCAAGUUCAACGACCAGCACAUCCCGGACAGCCCGUUCAAGGUGUACGUGAUGCCCCAGGCGGGCGACGCCAGCAAGAUCGAGCUGGGCAGCGUGGCGGAGAACAUGCAGACCAACAAGCCGGUGGCCUUCACUAUCUCCAUGAACGGGGCCAGGGGUAACCUAGACGGCAAGGUGGUAUCGCCCAGCGGUCACGAGGACGACUGCUUCGUGGCGCCACUGGACGACGACCAGUGGGCACUGCGCUUCGUGCCCCGCGAGAACGGCAUCCACCAGAUCCACAUUCGCUUCAACGGCGUCCACAUCCCGGCGAGUCCCUUCAGAGUCCGCAUCGGCAAGGACGACGCCGACCCCGCCGCAGUCCACGCCUACGGACCGGGACUCAGAGACGCCAAGAGCGGCACCAAGACGGACUUCAUCGUAGACACGUGCAACGCGGGCGCCGGCUCGUUGGCCGUCACCAUUGACGGCCCGACCAAGGUGAACAUGGACUGCACCGAGGUGGAAGAAGGCUACAAGGUGCGCUACACGCCCCUGGCACCCGGGGAGUACUUCGUCACCGUCAAGUUCAACGGCUACCACAUCGCCGGCAGUCCAUUCCGCGUCAACUGUACAGGCAACGUCACUCGGACUGAAGGUGGAAAACGGCUGUCCAUCGCCCCUCCGACUGCGCCCGAGACGUCCUCGAUGACGGUUGACACGGUGGUCAAGCAGGCCGUCCAGAAGGCCGACCACCUGCCCAAGUUCCGCUCCAACGCCGGCAAGGUUACCAGCAAGGGCCUGGGUCUAAAGCGGGCCGUGCUCAACAAGCAGAACACCUUCACGGUCAACUGUCUGGACGCCGGCAACAACCUGAUCUACGCCAGCGUGUACGGACCUAAGGGACCCUGCGACGAGGUGUUCGUCAAACACCUGGGCCGCAACCUGUACCAGGUCAACUACGUGGUCAAGGACCGCGGAGACCACGUGGUCAUCGUCAAGUGGGGAGACGACCACAUCCCGGGCAGCCCGUUCAAGGUCGAGGUCGUCUAGCUCCACCAACCAGUGCUUUGCAUCGGCUUCACACAACGACACCCUCCGCCGCACCCGCGUGGGGCGCCAUCGUCGCCGCCGCGCCAUCGCGCACCACUCGUGGCGCCCAAAGGGGGUAGGGAGGGGGGGAGGGUGCUGUCUCGCUCACUUUUCUUGACCCGCUCGUGCCGUUAUUUUUUCCCCUCUGCAAGUGUACAUUCAGAGUGUUUGCAUAUUAAAGAUAUUGUGAUGAUGAUGAUGCUUUCA